AUGUCUCCCACAACGUUUGUGUCAGCGCUCCUGAUGCUGGGAGGUCUCGGAGGGGUAGAAGUAUCUGACCUCCAGGUCUAUGGGAAGUCAGUCCACAGCGAUAAAGCUUUGCUGAGCAGCGAAAACGGAAGACACACUGUGAGGGAACAGCCGCACCAACAAACAAAACACGAAAUCCGCAGGAGUUUGGAUCUCAAGAGCUCCAACAUGCACGUGACCCCCACCACCAGCAAAAUCAGCCGCCCGUCCAUCAUCAAGCUCUACCCCUCCCCCACCAAACCUCUCCACCUGCACGCCAAUAUGCCCAUGCGCUCUGGAAGAGAGAGCAAUCAUGAUGAUGACAAGAAACCAAACUCAACCCCCAACAUGCCCCAGAGGUUUGGCCGGUCCUCAGACGUGAUUCGAAUGUGUGCGGAGUGUUCCGAUGUCCGAGAAGCACCAACCCCAGUGCUGCUUCGGAGACUUGGGAGAGAUGGUCUUUACUGGAGCCUUCUUUGGACUUUGGCCAAUGAACAGUUCUUGAACACCGGUUUGCACUGGGCUGUAGACUUUGACUUUACAACCGGCUCAGAAGAAGUGGAGACGGAAGAAAAAACCUUCAAAGGAUGA